AUUGAUUCGAAGCAAAGUUUCCCUACAAAUACUCACCAUCCACCCUCACUUACCUCUAACCCAACGGCAACAACGCACGCACACAAACGCACUAAUUACCCCAAAGUCACCAACUUCUCUCUUUCUUACUGAGAGAUGGAUACCAAGAUAUCUUCCUCAUCAGCUGCUCUGCUCCUUUGCCUCAACCUCCUCUUCUUUGCCCUAGCGAGCGGCUGUAACACUUGCGUUCAGCCAAACCCUAAACGUAUCACUAACCCUUUUUCUCCGAGAGGCUCUAGUUGCCCUAGAGAUGCGCUGAAGCUGGGCGUGUGCGCCAAAGUGCUCGACGGGCCGGUCAAUGCCAUCAUUGGGACACCGCCAGACAUGCCUUGUUGCUCGGUCCUGGAGGGCCUUCUAGAUCUCGAAGCAGCCGUUUGCCUCUGCACCGCCAUUAAAGCCAACAUUCUCGGGAUCAACCUCAACAUCCCCAUUUCCCUCAGCUUGCUCAUCAACACUUGCGGCAAGAACGUCCCGUCUGGCUUCCAGUGUGCCUAACAAGAACUGAUCAAUGAUCACAACUUGCUUCAUUGUUGUUGUCGCCAUCAUUGUUGUUGUGUCUCUUGCGUUAACUGAAGUUGUUGUCAGGUCAUUUCACUUAACUUCUUGGUGAUUUUUCGUUUAAGGGUCUUAACUUUCUAGGGUUCGAAUGAUGUGUUUAGGUUGAGAUAUUUCUGAUUAUGUAAUUGUGAGUUGUGAGGGCGUGUAAAAUGUUCCUCAUCUGUGAUUUAGGCUAGUAAAAAGGGUGGGCUUGGAUGACACGAGAAAUUCUAUGAGAACUGAACUACGGCGCACUCUAUGAUCCUUCUCGCAUGGAAUCUUUGUCCUUUCCUAAUGGGCCCUUCUACUAUAUUGCAAAGUGUGUUGCU